UCACUGUCGCUCGGGUUCCGGUGAGAGGCGGAGGGUAGAGGCACGUAGGAGGUGGCUGCAGGUCCGCCGAAGGGACCGAAGCCAGGCGGCCGGGAGCGCGCGCGCGCGCGCUACCGCGGUGGAGCCCCGAAAUCACCAGCCGCCCCCUCGCAUCCCAGGGCACUGAGAAGAUGGCGGCGGCUCAGUGAGGAUGGAGCUACCUGUCAUUGCCUUCUUCCCCUGAGGGUGCGGGGUCCGGCCCCACGGGGUGCGAGUGGGGGGACGGGGGACCGUAGGGAGCUCUUUCCCUAGCAGAGCUGACUCGAGCCCGGCAGCUCCCCGCCCCCCGUCGCCCCAGCCGAUUAGCCCCCUCGUUCCAGGCCAGCAGCUUCAGCCUAGCGACCCCCCCCCCCCCGUCCCCGCCCGCCACCAUGCCUUGGCCUUUCUCAGAGUCCAUCAAGAAAAGGGCCUGCAGGUACCUGCUGCAGAGGUACCUGGGCCACUUCCUGCAGGAGAAGCUCAGUCUGGAGCAGCUCAGCUUGGAUCUGUACCAGGGCACCGGCUCUCUGGCGCAGGUCCCUCUGGAUAAAUGGUGUCUUAAUGAGAUUCUGGAAUCAGCAGAUGCACCUCUGGAAGUCACUGAAGGGUUUAUCCAGUCCAUUUCUCUGUCUGUUCCCUGGGGGUCAUUGCUGCAGGAUAACUGUGCUCUAGAAGUGAAAGGAUUAGAGAUGGUCUUCAGGCCAAGGCCUCGUCUUGCAUCUGGUUCAGAGCCUAUGUAUUGGUCAAGUUUUAUGACCACUAGUAUGCAACUUGCAAAAGAAUGUCUUAGCCAAAAACUGAUAGAUGAACAAGGAGAAGGGUCUCAACCUUUCGAAGGGCUUGAGAAGUUUGCAGAAACUAUUGAAACAGUUCUAAGAAGAGUGAAAGUUACCUUUUUAGAUGCUGUUUUGAGAAUCGAACAUGUGCUGGAAAAUUCUAAAAGUGGGUCUGCACUUGAAAUCCGAAUUGAGAAAACUAUGUACUGUGAUGAAACUGCUGAUGAAUGCUCUGGAAUUAAUGUACAUCAGACCACAGCUUUUGCUCACAAGUUACUUCAGCUCUCAGGUGUUUCUCUCUUCUGGGAUGAGUUUCCAGCAUCAGCGAAGUCCUCUCCAGCGUGUUCAGCUACACAGUUGGCAGCGGAACCAAAGCUUUCCCCUAGCUGGAACCCAAAAAUUGUGUAUGAGCCACAUCCACAGUUAACCAGAAACUUGCCAGAAGUUGCUCCCUCUGACCCUGUUCAGAUUAGUAGGCUGAUUGGUAAAAUGAAGUUGAGCCUUACAUUAAAGCAACAUGAAGUACUUCCUGGAGCUAAGUUGGAUGUGGAUGGGCAGAUAGACUCUAUACACCUAUUCCUGUCACCGAGACAGGUACAUCUUCUAUUGGACAUGUUAGCAGCCAUUGCUGGACCAGAGAGCCCCAGCAGGAUAGAAUUAUCAAAUAAAGAUAGAAAGAACCGACCCAUGCAACAGGAGGACGAGUAUCGGAUUCAGAUGGAGCUGAAGCGUUACUUAAGAAAAGAAUCUUUAUCAGCAGCAGCAGCAUCUGAGCAGAGCUUUUAUGAGACAGAGACCGCCAGAACACCUUCUAGCCGUGAAGAAGAAGUUUUCUUCUCAAUGGCUGACAUGGACAUGUCUCACAGUCUCUCCUCUCUUCCACCUCUUGGAGACCCACCAACUAUGGAUCUAGACCUGUCUUUAACUAGUACAUGCACUACUACACCAGCAGGAUCUCCAUUGAGUGCUACAGUGCUUCAGCCAACUUGGGGUGAUUUUCAUGACGCUAAUAAACAAGAACCACCACCACCAAGAAGUUCAUCAUUUACACCCAGUAUUGUUCACCAAACUCCUUUAAGAAGGACUUCCCUUCCAUCCAGAUCUGUUUCAGUGGAUGAAUCCAGGCCUGAACUUCUUUUUAGACUGGCACUGGGAACUUUCUCAGUAUCUGUACUUCACAUUGACCCUCUGCCACCACCUGAAACAUCACUGAACCUUAACCCACUGACACCAAUGGCACUGGAUUUCUUUACCCAAAUAGAAAAGAUUGAUCCAGUUAAGUUUUCAACAGAAGAUUUUCUAUCCUUCCGAGAAGUAUUUGCAGAGGCUUGUUCUCAUGACCACCUUAGAUUUAUAGGUACUGGAAUCAAAGUCUCUUAUGAACAAAGACAAAGGUCUGCUUCUCGAUGCUUCAGCACAGAUUUGUCCAUUGGGCAUAUGGAACUACUGGAAUGUCUUUUCUCUACCGACUCCUGCUCCAUUCAACCUCACUACACAGAGAUGCUAACAUUUCAUUCUGAAAAAGGAAAUGAUACACAUCCUCUUUCAUGCCUUCAGCUCCAUUAUAAGCACUCAGAUAACAGAGGACCUCAGGGUAGUCAAGGAAGACUGAGCUCUGUUCCACAGAAAGCAGAAUUACAAAUCAAGCUAAGUCCAGUAUUUUGUGAACUGGAUAUCAGUAUUGUGGACAGACUGAAUUCUUUGCUUCAGCCACAGAAACUAACCACAGUAGAGAUGAUGGCAUCUCACAUGUACACAUCUUACAACAAACACAUUAGUCUGCAUAAAGCUUUUACCGAAGUUUUUCUGGAUGAUUCACGUACACCUGCAAACUGUAGAAUUUCUGUGCAAGUCACUUCACCAGCAUUAGAUGUUUCUGUUCGCUUCCCUAUACCUGACCUACGAUCAGAUCAGGAAAGAGGACCAUGGUUUAAAAAAUCACUUCAGAAGGAAAUCCUUCAUCUUGAAUUUACAGACAUGGAAUUCAAGACUGAGUUUAUAGGAGGUUCAACUCCAGAACAAGUUAAAUUAGAACUUACCUUUAAAGAGCUAGCUGGCUUAUUUGAAGAAGAUAAAACAGAAUCUUCAAUAAAAUUCUUUCACGUGUCCAGUGGCAUAGAUGGAGAUAUGAUAUCAUCUGACAACUUUGAUUGGCCACGGAUUGUAUUGAAAAUAAACCCACUGGCUGUACACUCCAUUCUGGAAAGGAUAGCAGCUGAAGAAGAAGAGGGUGAUGGAAACUUUCAAGAGGAAGAGGAAGGAGGAUCUCAUUCUCUUAAGGAUGUCUGUGAUCUUAGAAGACCAGAGCCUUCUCCUUUUUCCUCUCGUAGGGUCAUGUUUGAAAAUGAAGAGAUGGUGAUGCCAGGUGAUGCAGUUGAGAUGAUCGAGUUUCAGGAUAAAGCAAUCAGCAAUUCUCAUUAUGUACUGGAACUCAUGUUACCAAAUGUUCACUUAACACUGCCAAACAAGAACUUUUAUGAGAAACUUUACAAUAGGAUCAGCAAUGACUUAUUGUUGUGGGAACCCACAGCUCCAUCUCCUGUAGAAACAUUUGAGAAUAUUUCAUAUGGUGUUGGACUCUCAGUCGCCAGCCAACUGAUCAAUACUUUCAGUAAAGACAGCUUUAGUCAAUUCAAAUCUACAAUUCAUUAUGAUGAUGAGAGUGGAUCUGAGGAGGAAACUCUACAAUAUUAUUCCACAGUUGAUCCCAACUGUCGUUCACGCCGGAAGAAAAAACUUGACUUGCAAAACAAGAACAUACAGAGCUCUCUCUCUGUUCUUCUAAACAUUAAUCAUGGAUUAGUGUCCAUAUUCACAGAAGUAAAGCAGGAUGGUGGAAAUAUUCUGGAAGGCAAGCGUGGUGAAUUCUGGUUUGAGUUCAACAGUGGUUCAUUAUUCUGUGUGACUAAUUAUGAAGGUUUUGAAGACAAACAUUACAUCUGUCUUCAUUCUAGCAGUCUCAGUUUAUAUCAUCAAGGUGUGGUGGAUGGAGUUGUCCCUCCAUCUGAAAUACGACUGCCUAACACAACGCAUCCACACUGGUUAGAACCUACCAUUUAUUUUUCCGAAGAAGAUGGUCUCAGUAGGACUUCUUCAGAUGGUGUGGGAGUGGAUUGUUUAAGUAUGCUGUCUGUUGCAGUGAAAAUACAGUCAAAUAAAUCGGAGAGCAAUACAAAGGAAUUUCUAGUUGCUGUUGGGCUGAGAGGAGCCACUCUCCAGCACAGAGUAUUGCCUUCAGGUCUAAGCUGGCAUGAACAGAUUUUAUAUUUUUUGAAUAUUUCUGAUGAGCCUGUUUUGGGAUAUAGUCCUCCAGCUUCCAUUACAACUUUUCAUAUACACCUCUGGAGUUGUGCUCUUGAUUACAGGCCUUUGUUUUUGCCAACCAGAUCUCUACUUACUGUUGAAACUUUCAGCAUUUCCAGUAAUGUUGCACUGGAUAAGUCCUCUUCUACUCUCAGAAUAAUCUUGGAUGAGGCUGCUUUGCAUUUGUCCGACAAGUGUAACACUGUUACAGUGAAUCUGCAGAGAGAUUAUAUUCGUGUUAUGGAUAUGGGACUCUUGGAACUCACCAUAACAGCAGUAAAACCUGGUUCUGAUGGGGAGAGACUUAAGCCACGCUUUGAGCUACACAGUUCCAGUGAUGUAAUCCAUAUCCGAACAUGCUCAGAUUCUUGUGCUGCGCUAAUGAAUCUUAUACAGUAUAUUGCGAGUUAUGGCGAUUUGCAUCCACCUAGCAAGACAGAGAUUAAACCUGGAGUCAUCAAGCGGAAAACCAAGGCAGAUGCCUCUAGCCGACCAUCUUCCCAAGGACUAGUCCUUGCUGAAGCAGAACAACAGAUUUUACGGGAUUUGAUGAGUGAUGCUAUGGAGGAAAUUGAGAUCCAUCAAGCUGCUUCCCCCAUUAGGCCACAAUCUAACGGAAUCUUGGAUGAAAAAUCUCAAACCCAGGAACCAGCUUGCUCAGAUCUCUUCCUGUUUCCAGAUGAAAGUGGGAACAUCUCACAAGAGCCAAGUCCCACAUACACUUCAUUCACUCACCAUCUGAUUAAAGAGGCGAUGGGAGACAUACCUACUGAAAAUGAUGACUUCUGUAUUCUUUUUGCACCCAAAGCUGUUGUUUCUGAGAAAGAGGAAGAGCCAGUAGUGAAAAUAAUGGUUGAUGAUGCAAUCCUGAUAAAAGACAAUUAUUUCAGCCUGCCUGUAAAAAAGACAGAUAUGAGCAAAGCCCCCCUACAUUUUCCUAUCCCUUUGGUUCGUUAUGUUGUGAAGGAAAUCUCUCUUAUUUGGCAUCUUUAUGGAGGAAAGGAUUUUGGGACUGUACCUACUACUUCUCCAGCUAAAAGUUUUAUUAGUCCUCAUAGUUCUCCUUCUCACACACCAACAAGACAUGGACGUAGUACGACAUGUGGGGGAAGAGGAAGGAACCCAGACUUCUUAAUGGAAAUACAGUUAAGCAAGGUGAAAUUCCAGCAUGAGGUAUAUCCUCCAGGAGGGCCAGAAUGUGAAUCCAGUCUGUUGGAGCAGCCAGUGUCCCGACAGGUUUUUAUUGUUCAAGACCUUGAGAUCAGAGAUCGCUUGGCUACAUCACAGAUGAAUAAAUUUCUCUAUCUCUACUGUAGUAAGGAGAUGCCCAGAAAAGCACAUUCUAAUAUGCUAACAGUUAAAGCAUUACAUGUCCGUCCAGAGUCUGGCAGAUCACCACAGGAGUGUUGUUUACGUGUAUCACUAAUGCCACUUCGCCUCAAUAUCGACCAGGAUGCCUUGUUUUUCCUGAAGGAUUUUUUCACUAGUCUUUCUACAGACGUGGAAGUCUUAAUGACUCCGGAUCCAGAAGUUAAAAAGUCUCCUGGUGCUGAUGUAACCUGUAGUUUGCCCAAGCAUGUCGGCAGCUUCAAGGACCCAAGCCCGGUCAUUUCUUUCUCAGUACACAAGCAAACAAGCCAGAAUGAUAGUGUUGAUUCUGUGGAUAUGGUUAAUGGAGAGGACCAUCAUUUUUCACAUGAAGAGACAUCGUUCAGCGAUCAGCCAGUCUUUUUCAGAGAAUUUCGAUUUAUAUCAGAAGUUCCAAUACGUCUUGAUUACCAUGGCAAACAUGUCUCAAUGGAUCAGGGUACGUUAGCUGGGAUUUUGAUUGGUCUUGCACAAUUAAACUGCUCAGAACUAAAGUUGAAGAGACUUUGCUAUCGACAUGGUUUGUUAGGUGUGGAUAAGCUAUUCUCUUAUGCCAUCGCUGAAUGGCUUAAUGACAUAAAGAAAAACCAGCUACCAGGAAUCCUGGGAGGAGUAGGGCCUAUGCAUUCAUUAGUGCAAUUAGUUCAAGGUCUGAAGGACUUAGUAUGGUUACCAAUAGAACAGUACCGAAAGGAUGGUCGUAUUGUAAGAGGCUUUCAAAGAGGAGCAGCUUCCUUUGGUACUUCCACUGCAAUGGCAGCUUUAGAGCUAACAAACAGAAUGGUUCAAACCAUACAGGCAGCUGCAGAAACUGCUUAUGACAUGGUCUCCCCAGGUCCUAGUUGUAUUGAGACAAAAAAGGUCAAACGAUUCUCUCGGCAUCGCUUAGCUCAUCAGCCAGUAGACCUACGGGAAGGUGUGGCCAAAGCAUACAGUGUGGUAAAAGAGGGAAUUACAGACACUGCCCAGACCAUAUAUGAAACUGCUGCUCGAGAGCAUGAGAACAGAGGGGUAACAGGAGCAGUAGGAGGAGUCCUCCGCCAAAUUCCACCAGCUGUGGUGAAACCUCUCAUUGUCGCAACAGAGGCAACCUCAAAUGUUUUAGGUGGAAUGAGAAAUCAAAUCCGUCCGGAUGUGCGUCAAGAAGAGUCACAGAAAUGGCGCCUUGGGGAGGAUUGAUAGUUUAAAUAUGACUCAGCAAGAGAAUAACGAUGCUGGAAAUACAUAACUUUAUGUCACAGUGGCAGCUUUAGAUGGAACUCAUUUCAUUUUAUUGUGUUCAUCUCAGGAACAAGAUGGUUUUUCAAACAAUGUAAUAUCGAAACAUCCAACCAAAAAGUUCAGAAGUGAAAAUCAAAUUGGUACUUGCUUGUGGACAUGCUGCAUGUUACCAAUACAUUUGGUAGCUAGUGUCAAACAUAGUGGAGCAUUUGCUGCCAAGUCAGAAACAUGCUUGCUGUAUUUCAGUUACCAUAUUUUUCUUGGUUCAUUUGAUUUGCCAUUAGAAUCAGCAGCCCCUUUGUGACACUGUGUGUAUUUUAAAAGUUUUCUUGAGCAUGCUAAAAGAACUGUCUUCGAUAAAGGGUUCCAUAGAUGCUCUUCAGUAACUAAAUAGUAAGAAUUUUGUUUUGGACAUCAGACAUGGAAGCCAUAUGAUAAGAAGUCAGACAGAAUGUUAUAAUUUUAUGGGUCAUGAGCAUUGUUUUUAGUGUGGCACUUACAACAAGGACAGUCUCUUGGUAACUGUUCAGCAAUUACACUGUGUCCAUAUGCUUGUGAACAAUAAUUGUCCCUCCUAAAUAUCAAAUUCCUUCUUCUGUGGGUUUUUGAAGAACCUGAAUGUUGCAGACAUGUUCUGUUGUGUUGCACUUUAAACGAUAUGGCCUGUAUAUUGUGCUUUUUUUAUAGUGUGAAUAAACAGUAAUGUGCAUUAUCCUUUAUGAUUUAGAAACUUAUGCAAAUUAUUGAAAGGGACAACAUUUGAUGAAAAUCUUAAGGGAAGAAAAACAAAUUGCAAUGUGUCUUGCUUUGUUUAAACUGCCUAUUAAAUGAAAAAUACUAGUGUCUUUGUCUUCUGAUCUACUGUUGCCUAUCAUGAAAUAACUAUAUUUUAAAAAUAAAGCAGUUACAGAACUGAUGUAGGUAAGGGGUUUCUGUUUAGAUGAGGUACCCUAAGCAGAGUACAAAAAUACAAUUUCAUAAUUUAGUUUAAAAUUGUAUGCAGAAUAUAUUUUAAUAAUCUUCCCUUUAUUUAAAGUUUACAUUGUUACAAACUGUUGUUUUUGCCAUUCUCACAAUAUGGUAUAUUUCAAACUCCUAUAAUACAAUUUUGGUUAACUGAAUGUCAUGAGCAGCAAUUCAGCUUCUGCUUUAUUAUUAUUUAUUAUUAUUAUUAUUAUUUUUUAAGCAAAAUGUUACUUACAAACAAGGUCUUGGUUUUAAAAAUGGCACAUUUUACUGUUGGGUUUGUUAGAUAUACUAGAAUCCACUUAAUUGGGGUACCCUGUCACUGGCUGGUUGUAUCAAUUAAGCAUCUUGUCACAGCUGAGAGGAGAUGCCAUUUAUCUUCCACCCCCCAAAAAAGCUGAAGAUCUAAUGACAUGAACUAUUGUCUGUUGGGGGUUGGGUUUAUUUUUUUCGUUGUCUAAUUAUUUGGUAAUUUCUAUAUUAAAAGAUCAGAGGUGAGCAUUUCACACCUGGGUAAAUGCAUCAUAAUCAGUUGACACCGCUUGAAUGAAUCCUUGUAAGUGGAAUUAUGUUAUAAGUAGUAUACUGUAGCUGCAGUCAUUACCAUUUGCUACUAUUAGUCUAGUAUACCAAUAUAUCAGCCAUGCUGGUAAAGAUCUGUCAAAGUUAAUUGGCAUAUACUGUAAUAGACAAUGUAGAUCUGUCUAUUUAUCAUAUAUAUAAACUAUUUUUAACAGUUGAAUUUAAAGAAAUGGCUAUUUAGUUUUACUUCAUUUACGGAUUCCCCACCAUCAAAGUGUACAGGGAGAUGCCCUUAGAAUACAUUAUUUCUACACAGAUCCACACUGUCAAGGUAUAAUAUUAUAUUUUUAUAAGUUCUCUUUUUCAUUGUCUCUUAAUAAUUCAAAUUUUCAAACUUCACUUUUCACUAUUUGUGCUGUUUACUGCUUGCAACUUAUUCAACCUGCUCAAUAAAACGGAUCUGUUUAUGGCUAGCUUCUUGGUUCUCAUAGGCUAGAAGAAUUUUGUUUAGGUUGCAAAAGCUGAACAGAAAGGUUUCCAUUUAAAUUAAAAAAUAAAUAAAUUCAACCUUUAAACUAGGUCACUAUCUUAAAAUGUGUUGCAGAUGUGGAUACUCUUUGUUCUUAAUCAAAAAAUUAUAUAGGGUAUAGAAAAAGGGAUUCACCAAAUGUGCUGUUUGUUACUAUAAAUGUGUGUGUGAGGGGGUGCACUUUACAAAAUACACAGGAUAAGGUUUAACUAAAACGUUGAUUAUAGUGGGUGAUGCAUCUGAGUGUAUGUAAUUUGCACACAAACUUCCAAAUCCAGUGCUGUAGAUCUCCAUUACAUGAUGAGGUUUGUGAUAAGGUUAUUGUACUUGAGCUCUUCACUGUAACAAACUCUGUUAUAGUUAUUAACAUUUUUAAUAACUCCAAAUGAGUUUAAACAGAUCUGAACCCCCUGUAUAAUGUGUAGAUGUGUAAAUAACAUACACAAUUCUAUUUUGCUUUCUUCCCUGUACACAUUCACAAAGGUGUAAAUACUGACCGAUGCUACUUUUAAUACCGCUUAGUCUGAUGCUAUCCAGGGAGACAGGCUCAAAACUAUCAUUUUGAUUUUCUUAAGCAUCUUGGCUCUUAACAGUAUAGUGGCAAGUGCCCUGGAAGUACCUGUUGUAGAGAUCACUUCCAUCAUUCUUAAAAAUUUCUUCAUAAACAUCUCUUCUGUGACUAAGGAGCCUAUAACUGGCUCCAUUCAGAAGCAGCUUCCAUUUCCUUUCAGGUAUUAGUUGGCAGUUGUUAAACUGCAGAGCAGAACACAGUUUUAAUAAUACAGUAUACCCAGUACUUACUUGCACAUAGAUUAAGGACAUGUAGUCAUGUCGCCAAUGGCUACAUACUUGGUGGAUGUGAGUGUUUAAUAUUUUCAUCACUAAAAAAAAUCAGUUACAGUGGGUUUUUUUUUUUGUUUGGUUGUUUUUUUUUGCUUGUUUGCUAUUGUACAGUUUAUCAAUGUUUAAUGUCGCUAGUGAGAUGGGCUUUCUUGAUAAAGCAAAAUGCUAUUUAAUUGCAGGAUGACAUCAACAAGCUAAAUUCCUUUUUUAGUGGAGUUGAUCCCGACACCUGAAAAUAUAAUACCUAAAUUUUAAGUACAUUCAAAUAUUUUUGGGUGUUUUGUUUUUGUUUUGUUUGUUGUAAAAUAACAGUGAAAUCCAGCAGUUAAUUUAGAUUAAAUGUAUAUUCCUAACCAUCCCAGCUCUCACAGCAAUACAAGCUUUUUCAACAGAUGUAUAUAUUAAAUCAUUUUGCACCCAUCUUUCCAUCUAGUCCCAUCCAUUUCCAGCCUUCACAAUGUAUGCUUCUCUCAACUAUUUUAACUUGCAAUGAAUCUGGUUUACAAAUUU